CACAGCACAGUCAUAGCAUAACCCUUGUGCACAUUAAGUUCAAGUUGGAAGAUAUUCGCAAUUUCAAGCCCCCCCCCCCUCCAACGAUGCGAGAACUCGUCAAAAGUUAUGAAGCAUGGAACCCUACAUCUGAAAAGAUUGACCAUGUUAUGAUUGUAUGGAAGGAGAAUGACAACUACUAUCAAUCUAAGCACCCUGAAACUCGGGCCACAUCAUUCGACCUCGACAGCCUUUCUGCUUCCAUCCCCAUCCCCAUGCAUAUCUUCAAGGGCCAUUGGCAUCCAUCUUUAACCGAAUUACCUCCUGUGGCUCCCACAGACUCCUUUCUAAAGCGCCCACUCAUACUCCUGGAAGAUUACGACGACGGACAGGGCGGACAUGACUCCCGGACACCUGGAGAUGAUCUGCUCAAUGAGGCCAAAGUCUACGAAAUCCUCAAGCAGCACGCUCACCCUAAUAUUUCCAUUUACUAUGGAUGCGUCCGUGACGGUGAUUGCAUCACCGCCAUAUGUUUGAAAAAAUAUGGACGCACGCUUAUGGACGCAGUCUGGAAAAAAGAUCCCACCCUGAACCCUGCCGCAAUUCUUGACGGUAUUUCGAAAGGGCUCGCUUUCCUGCAUGAGACGCUCGGUCUUGUGCAUAAUGAUAUCAACCCCGCUAACAUCAUGCUCGAUGACGCGGGAGAUGCUGUAAUAAUUGAUUUCGACUCUUGCAAGCCGAUUGGGGAGGAGUUAGGCAAAGCGGGGACAUUUACCUGGACAGUGGAACCAAUGCCGACCAUCUCUCUUCCAGAAAAUGAUCUAUACGGCCUUGCGCAGAUCGGCGAAUUCAUGAAGGGAAACCGUUCAUAGAUGUGAGUGUUUGCAUCAUUUUCUGUGGUGCUGUUCAUGACCGUCUGCGUUCUUUUCGCACCAAUCCUCCAGGGCAAGAAGAUCAAUAUGAAAGGUGGAAUGAGAUUAGAAUGCUGUGAUGCGCGCGGGUCAGCGUUUGCGCAACUAAGGUCAGGGAGGUGGCGUUCUAUACCUGCUGUCCCAAGCGAGAUUAGCACACUGGCGUUUCAAAGAAUGGAUUGUCAUGGUUGAGAAUUCUAGCGCGAUACUAAGAGACAACGCACAA